AUGGAAAAACUUGUUACUGUACACAGAAAUAUGACGUUAGCAAAGAAAAAUCUACUAAAGAUGGCAAUAUUUUUUGGCCUAAUUGUGAUAUUUGAUUUGAUCAAAUUGUCUUAUGAACAUAUGGUAGUGGUUGAUGACGGUCAAAUUGUUAACUUUUUUAACCUGUCAACCAGGUUGCCAUUGGAGUCAAAUUGUAGAUCCGAAUUAAUUAAGAUUUCUUCGCAGUUUAUUUCUGGUAAAAAUUUGGUUCCUAAAUAUUCCAAUUACUAUGAAACAUUUUCUGUCGGUAAAUACGACGAAUUUAUUGGUGAAAGUCGUUGGUUACACAAUUUCUUGGAAUGCUUUAUGAGUCAAAAUGGUUUAUCAGAACAAAGAACAUACUGUUAUGGCUACAAUUCAAAUCCUGAUAGCAGUCAACACGAUCAAAAUGCAUAUGGAAUCUGUAUUCCUUACAAAUGUUCUAGUAACCAUGAAAAGCUGCUGGAAAAAUUCAAGACAAUUAUCACUAAUAACAGUGAGCCGUUCGAUCAUUUAAACUGCAUUAAUUCGUGGCAUGAAAAGCCAUGGUAUUUAUCGGUUGCUCCACUAAUGCAAUUGUCGUUCAAUUUUGUGCUUUUUACGAUAAUCGCAUUUGCUACUUAUCACCAUCAGAAGUUUGAAAAAUCAAGACUAUUGAUAUCAAAAAUAUUAUAUGCAUUUUCUGCGAAACGUAAUUUGAAACGAUUGGUACAGUUCCCAAAAGAUACUGGAGCAACGAUAACGUGUCUUUUUGGCUUAAGAUUCAUCUCGAUGAUAUGGACUCUAAUUGGACAUUGUUUUGCUUGGAUACAAGCAUAUAUCGAAAAUAUUGAAGAAUUCAGAAGACAUAUGACAGAUGAUUGGACAAAUUUAUGGAUUACAAACUUCACUCUUGUUGGUAUUUCAUCUUAUUUUGAGAAAGAAAAAUUUUAUUGCUAUUUGGUGCUUUAUAUAGUGUACCGUAAAACUUCAAAAAUUUUUUUUGGGAGAAGGUUAUUGAAAUUCUGCACUAUCUACUUUCCAGAUAAAAUAAUAACUUGGAAAUCCUGGCGUUACUGGUUGGCAUUCUAUCGACAUCGUUUAAUAAGACUUUGGCCAGCCUAUGUGCUCAGUUUAACAGAUAUCACCUACUGGUUUUCAGCAAUGCAUAAGCAUGCAAUGUGGCCUCCAUCAGAUCCAGCAAUUCAGUGCCGGCAAACCGGGUGGCAGAAUCUUUUGUUUCUGAACAGUAUUUUCACUAAUGACUGUAUAAUAACCAUUAUGAUGACUAAUAGGUAUAUGGGAACAGAAUUUAUCUUUUAUCUUCUGUCACCAAUAUUCCUACUUGCAUUAAACCACUCGGCAGUUUUGGGUCUUAUACUAUCACUGACAACAAUCGGCGCAUCAAACGCUUUGAAAGUAUUUAUACUGGUCAAAAAUAAUUAUCCAGUAGUGCCUCUUAAUUUUAGAGAAUCAAGUGUUUUCAGUGGAAGUUUUAUGGAGCAAGUCAAUAGUUACUAUGUAAAGCCUCAAUAUCGAAUAUCACCAUACAUUAUUGGAUUACUUCUCGGUUACGGUAUGGUCAAAGUGCAAAAGGUUCAGUCCGAAAAGAAGCACUCCUUACUGUUCCAGUUCACUGCUUGGCUUGCAGCUGUUUCACUUGGUUGUUGGGCAAUGUUUGGCCUCUAUCCAACGAUGCUUGAUCUAAACAUGCCGGUGAUCAAUUUGGUUUAUGGAGCAACACACCGAACUUCAUGGGCAUUAUUUAUUGCAUGGAUCAUAUAUGCUUGCCAUAAUGGCAUUGGAGGUGUUGUGAACACAAUUUUGAGCUGGUGGCCACUUUUACCACUUUCUUCUCUUUGCUAUUCGGUUUACUUGAUACAUCUGUUAUUCGUUUUCGGCACAUUUCUAUGGUCACCGUUUCCGAUGGUGUUCACCAGUAAACUGCCAAUUUUUUUGUUCUGCAUUCCGCAACUCCUUUGUUCCUACGCUAUUGCACUUUUGAUUUCAAUAGCAGUGGAGUUUCCAGCGCUAAACUUAGAACGACUGUUUUGGCAUCACAGUGGAACAAAAGAACAGCAGAUUUUUGACAGUAAUAAAGUUGCUGAAGUCGUUUCACACAUAAAAAGGUAAGU